AUGGCUCGCAGGAAGCGCGAAGCUGACCCGACUAUUGAAAAAUCCCCGGGUGAUGCUGCAUCGAGCCCCAAUGCCUCGUCGCCGCCCCCACCGCCGCGGAAAAGGACGCGCCGCGCCCCAAGUCCAGUCGCGUGUGCGGAUGCAUACGUGCACAAAUCCUGCACACCUCGCGUCAAACAUCGCAAUCACCCGGACUCGGGCGUGGGCGAGAACUUCCACAGUGUGCCAUACCCCCUCGGUCUGAUGCCAUACAGUUCAUGGCACCUUCUCCACCAUCGCGGGGACCCGGCGUCCCCCGAGCACCGCUUCGUGUGCCCCGGCUGCCGCAAAGACAGAGUUCGCCCUUCUCCUCAUAGACGGAAGCUCUUCCUUAUUGCCGAGCGCCUGUCGUGGACGGAUGGCACGGUUCCGACAGCCGAGCGCGAGUUGAAUCAAGAACUGACGUGGGAGGUGAACUUCCAGCUGGGCAUCGAGACUCCUACGCUGCAGGAUCCUGAGCAGGUGGCAGGCGGCAAGAACAGCAGGCUAAAUCGGUGGUUUCCGUUUGAGAACGAAGUCGACUGUACAGCGGCCCUGCAGCUCAUUGCAAAGGCAGACUGUCUGUCCGAGAGAUCGUACUCGCUGUGGUCGAACAUGUUGGAGGCUUUGUACACGAUGCUGCCCGAAGAGAGGAAAGAGCGACCCGGGUCCCAGAGCGCGCCUUCCAAGCCGGCCGCUUCCCAAGUUGACACGAACACUUCGACAGACACACGCGCGAACUCACAGCUGCCGACGCCGCCAUCCUCUUCGCAACCGGUUGCCAGCCAAGCAUCUUUGGAUCCAGCGUCAACCGACUAUUCCUCUGCACCGCAUCUCUAUCGCGACCCACCACCUGUCAACAACAACGAGCCGACCCUGCCGAUCGCGAAACCUCUCCGCCGCUCUCUCCCGGAAUUUUACGCGCUCCUGGACGCGAUCGAGCGGACAUCAUACGUCGGCGCACAAUAUCUGGAAGCAUACGCCGAACACCUACACAGCGAUUGUUGCGAGGAUUGCUGGUGGAGCCACAACAUUGCUACUGAUGAUGAUGCACCAACCUGA